AUGGCCACCUACCAGCUAGGAGUUUCCCAGUGCUUACUAAAUUAUGCACCCUGGAUACUGCGCACAGCACCUUGUGUCCUGGGUGCAUCUGCUGGGUCUCUGGUAGCAGCUGCUGUAGUCUGUGAAAUGAGCCUGAGUGCUAUUCGAGAUGAGAUGCUGAAUUUUGCCAAACAGAUGAAGGCUUUUACACUUGGUCCGUUUAACACUUCAAUCAAUGUUUUCCACUGGUUAGAGUGUAUUUUACACAAACAUGUUCCUUCUGAUGCGCACCAACUGGCCAAUGGGCGUCUUUUUGUGUCCAUGACACGCCUGUCUGAUGGAAAGCACAUUGUCACGUCUGAGUUCCAGUCCAAAGAAGAUGUAGUGCAGGCUUUGCUAUGCAGCUGCUUUGUGCCUGUGUACUGCGGUAUGCUGCCUCCAUCCUUCAAAGGAGUAUAUUAUCUGGAUGGGGGUUUCAGCAGCAUGCAGCCACUGCCUGUACCCUGCAUGCAAACCUUGACGGUGUCUCCAUUCUCUGGAGAGACAGACAUCUGUCCCGCCGACAAGCCUUGCAUGUGGGACAUGGUGGUGAGCGGCACCACCUUGAAGGGCAACAUGGCUAACAGCUUCAGGAUCAUUAAUGCUCUCUACCCCAUGAAGUUAGAGACUCUGGAACAAGCCUACCACAGCGGCUACAAGGAUGCUGUUCAUUUCCUUCUGUGCCAUGAUCUUGCCCCACAUUUGAUGAUACACAAAGUAUCUCAAGGGCCACAUAACUUUCACCAAACUAAAACGUGGAUGAAUCUGGAGGCCACCAUAGAGGAAGAAAAGGAGAUGAAGAAUCAAGGCUGA